UGUACAUAGAACGUGAAGUUUCAUCACGUGAUAUGGACGUCUCGCCUCUUAUGUGGUUGUACGUUUUGUUAUAAAAACAAAUUACGACAUUCGUCCACUCUCCAGGAUAUUCUUGUCACUGGUACCGUGAGUUUGCUACUCUAAGCAACAAUCAUGAGGGUCUCCACAAGCAAACUCCAGCAGAUGGCCAUCUACACCACCUUGUUGACUGGUGCUGGAUGCGGCACAAUGUAUUACCUUCUGCAAAAGAACUUCUCACGGUCGGACUACCACCGUCUUGCCCUGGAGCAGCUGAAAGCCAACCAGACAGCCAUGGACAGUCUGGGAGCACCACCCCUGAAGGUCCACAACAUCCACCUGUCUGACCGACACAACCGGGUGGAACCUUACACGGCUGAGAUCAAAAUCCCAGUGACAGGAUCUAAAGAUGGUGGCUACCUCUACACAUCCUCAGUAAGAGACCCCCAAACACUUGGGUGGAAUUUAACGCAGGCAGUGCUGCAGCUUAGAGAGGGUCAGCGUAUUGACCUUCUCACAUUCACACCACCGCCAAAUAAGACAGAAGGACUUGAGACAGGCAACUGGUCCUCCUGAUCUGCUCACCAGUCACCAAAACUACAGUGUGAUGAAGGUAGAACUGCUACAAUUGUCCCCAUGUCAUCAGGCAUGGUGUCGCCAUAGUUUUAUGAAUUGAAGUGUCAUAGUCAUAUUUGAAAAAAGCACCAGAGUGCAGUGCGGGACACUUAUUUAGACAAAAGGGCAUACACAAGCUGCCUCUUGGUUUGGAAUAACCACAGUAAUGUUGAUGAUUUGACCAAUGUUUAUCGAUGCUACUGUGUACAUAACAUUUACAUACAGGGAAAAUGAAAAAAGUGCUACGUCCAUAAAAUGUCAUGCAUAUUCAAUUUGCUCAGCGCUGUCCUGAGUAAAAUGUUCAUCCUACUGGUGAGAAUGAAAGGACAAUAACAGAGCAGCAAUUGUGUCAUAUGCAGUGGUAAAAAAACAACAGCGUAUUCCUAGUAUAACAUUUCUCCAGAUGAAUAAUGUAAAUUGGCAGUGUUGGGGAAGCUGGGGAAGCUAGUCUGAAAAGAGUUUACCAGCCACCAAUUACUUCACACUGGAAGAGGUUAAGUAAACUAUAUUACUCAAUCUGCAAUGGCAUAGAAUAUAAAUAGCAAGAACAGAUAACUCUGUAAUAAGAUGUUAACAGAACGUGUAAUUUAUCCUAUUAAACACAACAAAAAAUGUUGUUUCAGGUGAGAAUUAGCCAGGUCUGAAAAUUAAGGAAAUUCUUGCCUACUUCACCCAUAUUUUAUUUUUGCAAAAAAGAGUAGUGUUUCAUUCCAUUAGUUACCUACACCACUAGAUGGCAAUAAAGUAAUUAACUAUUGAAAACACUACAAAUAUUUGAAUUUAGUUGCACUACCACAAUGUGCAAAAUGUAGUUUAAUUACUAACUGAACCACAUUUAGUUCAGUACACCCCAACACUGGUAAUUGCUUAGUCCAAAGCCAUAUCUUAAUAUCCAUCACUUGAGAAACAUUUAGGCAAUGGUUCCAGUUGUACUGUACAGUAUCUGAACAACCAGAAAUGUUGUCUCCCAAGGAGGUAUUGUUCUAUGUUUUCAGAUUGAUUUAUUCGGAUGUGACAUUUUACAGUGAAAAUGAGAUCUUUAAAACGUGGAAAAUAAACAGUCAAAUGGCUUUAUACAAGUUAUGAUAGCAAAAUAAAUUGUACUUGUGAAUUCUGAACAUACUGUAUGAACAUUAGGAAAAUAAUGGCAAAUAAGCUAAACAUGAACCACAAUAUUAAACAGAAAGUGAAAGAAUGGGGAACCAAACAAACAACGUCAGAAGUUGAAUUCAUUGAAAUGCAAUGCAGGCAAACAGAGAUAUAUUUUGGUUUGUGGAGUACAGACAGUGUGGUGUGGUAAACAAUAUACAAUCAGUAAAGAGUCCAUCUACAGUAGAAGUGCUCAUACCCAUCUAUCAGAAGAUUAUCUUCUGUAGGGAGCUGAAUGACUCCUCGAACCUGAAUCGCUUGGAGACGGCCUUCGCAUCCUGAGACAGUCUCUGUGUCGGGCAUCAUCAUUUUGCAUUAUCCUAUGGUGUAGGCAGCCACUACUAUCAACUCAUAAACAAACAUGAAAAUGCACAUCCUGAGGCUGUGUUCCUAGUGGCCAGUGAUUUUAAUGAAGGGAAACUGAAAUCAGUUUGACCCCAUUUCUACCAGCAUGUCACCUGUGCAACCAGAGGCGACAAAACUCUAGACCACUUUUACUCCAGAAAUGCAUACGAAGCUCUCCCCUGCCCUCCCUUCAGCAAAUCUGACCAUAACUCUAUCCUCCUGAUUCCUGCUUACAAGCAAAAACUCAAACAAGCAGGAAGUACCAGAGUGGUACAGAAGUGGUCUGACAAAGCAAAGUAGCUGACUAAGCUACCAAACUGUUUUGCUAGCAAAGACUGGAAUAUGUUCCAAAUUAAUCUGAUAACAUUGAGCUCUUUAACACAUCAGUCAACGGCUUCAUUAAUAACUGCAUCAACGACGUCAUCCCCACAGUGAACGUACAUAUACAGUGCAUUCGGAAGGUAUUCAGACCCGUUGACUUUUUCCACAUUUUGUUACAUUACAUCCUGAAUCUACACACAAUAACCCAUAUUGACAAAGCAAAAACAGUAUAGACAUUUUUGCAAGUGUAUAAAAUAAAAUAGAACAUCACAUUUACAUAAGUAUUCAGACCAUUUACUCAAUACUUUGUUGAAGCAGCGAUUACAGCCUCGAGUCUUCUUGGGUAUGAUGCUUCAAGCUUGGCACGCCUGUUUUUGGGGAGUUUCUCCCAUUCUUCACUGCAGAUUCUCUCAAGCUCUGUCAGGUUGGAUGGGGAGCGUCUCUGCACAGCCAUUUUCAGGUCUCCAGAGCUGUUCAAUCGGGUUCAAGUCCGGGCUCUGGCUGGGCCACUCAAGAACAUUCAGAGACUUCUCCUGAAGCCACUCCUGUGUUGUCUUGGCUGUGUGUUUAGGGUCGUUGUCCUGUUGGAAGGUGAACCUUCACCCCAGUCUGAGGUCCUGAGUGCUCUGGAGCAGGUUUUCAUCAAGGAUCUCUCUGUACUUUGCUCUGUUCAUUUUUCUCUCAAUCCUGGCUAGUCUCCCAGUCCCUGCCGCUAAAAAACAUCUGCAUAGCAGGAUUCUGCCACCACCAUGCUUCACUGUAUGGAUGAUGCCAGGUUUCCUCCAGGUGUGAUGCUUGGCAUUCAGGCCAAAGAGUUCAAUCUUGGUUUCAUCAGACCAUAGAAUAUUUUUUCUCAUGGUCUGAGAGUCCUUUAUGUACCUUUUGUUAAAUUCUAAGCGACCUUUCAUGUACCUUUUACUGAGGAGUGGCUUCCGUCUGGCCACUCUACCAUAAAGGCCUGAUUGGUGGAGUGCUACAGAGAUGGUUGUCCUUCUGGAAGGUUCUCCCAUCUCCACAGAGGAACUCUGGAGCUCUCUCAGAGUGGCCAUCUCCCUGACCAAGGCCCUUCUCCCCCGAUUGCUCAGUUUGGCCAGGUGGCUAGCGCUAGGAAGAGUCUUGGUGGUUCCAAACAUCUUCCAUUUAAGAAUAAUGGAGGCCACUGUGUUCUUGGGGACCUUCAAUUCUGCAGAAAUGUUUUGGUACCCUUCCCCAGAUCUGUGCCUCAACACAAUCCUGUCUCAGAGCUCUGGACAAUUCCUUCAACCUCCCUCAUUGCUUAGUUUUUGCUCUGACAUGCACAGUGUCACUGUAGGACCUUGUGUAGAAAAGUGUGUGCCUUUCUAAAUAAUGUCUAAUCAAUUGAAUUUACCACAGGGGGACUCCAAUCAAGUUGUAGAAACAACUCAAGGAUGAUCAAUGGAAACAGGAUGCACCUAAGCUCAAUUUCGAAUCCCAUAGCAAAGGGUCUGAAUACUUAUUUAAAUAAGGCAUUUCAAUUGUAAUUUUUUUACUACAUUUGCAAACACCUGUUUUCACUUUGUCGUUAUGGGGUAUUGUGUGUAGAUUGAGGGAAACAUUUAUUUAAUACAUUUUAGAAUAAGGCUGUAAUGUAACAAAAUGUGGAAAGGGGGAAGCGGUCUGAAUACUUUCUGAAUGCACUGUAUCCCAAUCAGAAGCCAUGGAUUACAGGCAAUAUCCGCACUGAUCUAAAGGCUAGAGCUGCCGCUUUCAAGGAGCGGGACACUAAUUUGGAUGCUUAUUAGAAAUCCCGCUACGAACUCCGACAAGCCAUCGAACGGGCAAAGCAUCAAUAUAAGACUAAGAUUGGAUCCGACUACGCCGGCUCUGACGCUCGUCGGAUUUGGCAGCGCUGCAAACUAUCACGGAUUACAAAGCUGCCCAGACGAGAUAAAUACCUUCUAUUCCCGCUUCGAGGCAUGCAAAUAUGAACCAUGCAUGAGAGCACCAAGACCUUCAAACAGGUUAACCUUCACAAGGCCGUGGGUCAGACGGAUUACCAGGACACGUACUCGGAGCAUGCGCCGACCAACUGGCAAGUGUCUUAACUGACAUUUUCAACCUCUCCCUGACCCAGUCUGUAAUACCUACAUGUUUCAAGCAGACCACCAUAGUCCAUGUGCCCAAGGACGCCAAGGUAACCUGUCUAAAUGAUUAUUGCAACCCACACACUCACAGAUACGUACACUGACUCUCCAACACACACACACAUGCAUAUUGACGCCACUCACACACAGUUUUGUUUUUCUAUCCUUUUGGCGACCAAAAAAUGUGUUCACUUUCAAAAAUCCUAUUUUCCCCUUAGCCUAACACUAUACCUAACCCUAACUUCUAAACCUAACCCCCAACCUUAACCCUAAUUGUAACCCUAAAUCAAGUCAAAUGUAUUGGUCACAUUUGUUUUAAUGAACCUGAGCCUAAAAUAUAAUUUUUCCUCAUCGGGACUGGCGAAAUGACCCUACUUCUCAGAAUUUUCCUUUGAGGACUUCUGGUACCCACAAGGAUAAUGAAACAAAAAAACACACACACACACACACACUUUUACACUGCACAUUGACUCUGUACUGGUACUGCGUGUAAUAUAGCCUUGUUAUUGAUAUCAAUUGUGUUAUUAUUUUCGAAUGUUAUUUUCUUACUUUUAACGCUGCAUUGUUGGGAAAGGUCUCGUAAGUAAGCAUUUCACAGUAAAAGUAUACAACUGUUGUAUUUGGCACAUGUGACAAAAGGUAGUUCCGCGCUAUUUACUACCGAAGUGAGAAAAUGCUCAUAAUCUAUUGUAUUGUAGAUGUCUCUGACCAAAUAGUAUGAGAUAAAUUCAAUUCACAAUGA